AUGAAGACAACUACCUCAGCCACUCUCUUCGGUCUCAUUGCUGCCGUUGCAGCGUACCCUGCCUCGACGAACCUCUGGCCUCGAGGUUGCGCCCCCGGUACCCUGGUUUGCAAUGGCGAUUCCAAGUUUGGUAUUUGCAACCUGGACACCAAGGCUUUCUGGAUGGAUGUCGCCGAAGGAACCAAGUGUGUUUGUUCCGGUUCCAGCUGCACCAUCACCGCCAGCUCUGGUUCUGGAGCAAAGGUCGAGCCUGAACCAACUCCCGAGUCUACACCAACUCCAGAAGCUUCACCAAGCGCGAAACCUACCAAGCCUUUUGAGAAUAACCCCGUGAUUGCACCUGUUCCCAGCUCCAAGGCCGAGAACAACUACCCUCCUCCAGCUCCCACAACAACCACGGCCCCCGUGUACAAUCCUCCUCCUACCACCACCGAGGCUGUCCCUUCCACACCCGUGACAACAACCGCCCCAAAGCCGACGAAAACUUCAGCCCCCAGCCCAGGCGGCGUUAUCGGCAAGUACAUCCAGACCUUCCUCGGAAACGGUGAUGCCUCCCAGGGCUGGCCCGAACAGGCCAAGUGGGUUGACUUUGAGACCAUGUGGUCCUCCAACCUCGCCAACGUCAUCUACAAGUCCUGCGAGGGCUUCGGACAGGAAAACAACUCCGACGAGGAGAGCGAAGCCCUCAAGUCGGCCAUCCAGUCCGUCGCCAAGUCCUCCGGAGUAGACGAGCGCUUCAUCCUCGCCGUCGUCAUGCAGGAAUCCAACGGCUGCGUCCGCGCCCCAACCACAAACUACGGCGUCACCAACCCCGGCCUGAUGCAGUCGCACAACGGCGGACACUCCUGCUACAAUGUCAGCCCGUGCCCGUCGACGCAGGUCGUCGGCAUGAUCCAAGAUGGCACGUCUGGCACCUCCGACGGCGACGGCCUCAAGCAGCUGCUCUCCAAGGCCGGCAGCGGCGUCAGCCAGUUCUACAAGGCGGCCCGCAUGUACAACUCUGGCUCGAUUGCCGCCUCUGGUCUGUUGCAAGACGGCAUUGCUACGCACUGCUAUGCUAGUGACAUUGCUAACCGGCUGAUGGGUUGGUCUUCUGGUGUGAGCGGCUGCAAGCUCUAG